GCAGCGGUUCGUUCUUCCCGCAGUUUAGAGUAGCAGAACCAACAGGUGGAAUGACAGAUUAAUCUCCGAUGCUCGUCGACUUCGCCCGGCUUGAUCCCCAGUAGAUAGUCCCGGCCAACAUGUUGUACACCCACGCAACGAUCAUCACGGUCGACCGGUCCCGCAGGAUCAUUGAAGACGGUGCAAUCCGCGUCGAGAACGACUCGAUUGCGGACAUCGGCAAAACAAGUCAAUUGAAGGCGAGGUAUGCCGAUGAGGAUGAAUACGACCUCAGCGGCCGCAUCGUGAUUCCGGGGCUCAUCUCAACGCACAUGCAUACUGCCCAGACGCUGCUGCGAGGGACCGCCGAUGAUCUGGAACUCGUCUCCUGGCUCUGCGAGAGGAUCUGGGUGCUGCAGGGCAACUUCACCCGAGAAGAUGGGUAUGCAGCGGCGCGUCUGAGCAUCGGCGAGAUGCUGAAGUCGGGGACCACGUGUUUCCUCGAAAGCAUGUUUGCUGAUCGAUAUGGAUUCGACGGGCUCUGUCGCGCCGUCGAGGAGAGCGGAAUCCGUGGCUGUCUGGGCAAGAUUGUCAUGGACAUCGCCCGGUACGCGAAAGACGACGCGUGGGCUAUGCAUCCGGGACUGGUCGAGAACCGCGAAACAUCCUUGCUGGGCACGCUCAGCAUGUGGGAGAAGUGGAAUGGCAAGGCAGACGACCGCAUCCGUGUGUGGUUCGGCGCCAGGACGCCCGGGGGGGUCUCGGAUGCCCUCUACAGGGAAAUGACAGCGCUCUCGCGAUCCAAGGGAAUCCCAAUCACCAUGCACUGUGCUGAGGUGCGAGCAGACCGGGACUUCUUCGCCUCAGUCUCGCACACGCCCAUGUCGUACUGCGAAUCCGUCGGCCUGCUCUCUCCAUCCACAGUGCUGGUUCACAUGGUGCACCUGGAUGAUUCCGACAUCAAACUCCUCUCAGCCUCCGGCACACACGUCGCGCACUGUCCAACAUCAAACGCGAAGCUCGCGUCGGGCAUCUGUCGCGUGCCCGACCUGCAAAAGGCCAAUGUCAACAUCGGCCUAGGAACUGACGGUGCACCCUGCAACAACACCUGCGAUCUGCUGCAGGAGAUGAAGCUGGCUGCCAUCAUCCACAAGAGCAUCUCGUAUGACCCGACAUCCGUACCCGCGGAAUCGGUGCUGGAGAUGGCCACCAUCAACGGUGCCAAGGCCCUGGGGUUGCAAGACCGCAUCGGUAGUCUCGAGCUUGGGAAGAAGGCCGACUUUGUGGCUAUUGAUAUGCGAGGCAUUCACUCGCAGCCCUGGUUUAAUCCUGUCAGUGCGGUGGUGUAUACGGCCACGGGGAGAGAUGUGGAUGUCGUGGUGGUCAAUGGACGGAUGCUAGUCAAGGAUGGCAAGUUGCUGACCAUGGACGAGACGGAGAUUGUGGAGGAGGCACAGAAGAGAAGUAAGGAGGUAAUAGAACGAGCUGGAUUGAUGGAGAAGGUGAAGGCGAGAUGGCCAGUUGAGUGAUUCUUCGUCCCAUACAUUGACGUUUGUGAAUGAUGCGCUCUAUAUCACCAUGUAUACAGAUUAAAGCUGCUUUUCCAUGAACUGUGCGGAACAACGAUAACAUUGAAGCAUCAAACUAGGCUACCGUGCAACAUCAAGUAUAGAAACUGUCCUGAAUUAAGCAGCGAGUUCAAACUCCCCCGCCAGCUCCAAAUUCCAGUCCACCGAAUCCGCAGUCGGGAGAACCUCCACCUCAUAUCCCUCGCCAGGGGGGACAACACCCUCCAGCGAUCCAUACACGAAGCUCUGCUGCAGCACGGGAAUGGAGUAUCCCAGCGUCUUGGAGUAUCCCGAGCUGGCCUGGAAGAUGACGACGUCGCCGAGACCAGGGUCCGCGGGGGCGUUGGGGUAGUCGUCCUCCCAGGUCCAGGUUACGGUGAAGGAGUCACUGACGGAGAUGGUAUCGUCGGCGCCGGGGGAGUCGAUUCGGACGACUGCAGCAUAUUUGUUACAUUUUGUUUCGCUUGGAGUGGGGGAAUGGGUGGAAUGGGUUCAUAUCAACGGACCUUGUGCCAGAGAGGCCAUGGCGAGGGAGAGUGCGGAGAGGAUGCCGGCGGUCUUCAUUUCGUCCCUAUCUCUUUCUUUUCCUGAAUUGAUCUUGUUCAAGUGACGCUGCUGUUGAUGCUUGUACCGUCAUUGAGUCGAGGUCAAGAACGACAUAUUUAUACCUCGACUCAACCUGCUCACCAACGAGCAGUGUCAGCAUGUCUCAUUCUCGCUGCACCCAUCGUCAUCUAUUCCAUCAGUCACAUCAUUAAAGCAUAAGACGAAUGCGUAGGCCUGGGUGAUCGAUGAUCAUGUCAUGUAGGGUGUCUGUCGACGAUCUACAGCCUCAACCACUUUUCCGGGGUAAUCUCAAGGCAACAUAAUCAGAUUGAAACUAUCUUUGGUGGAGGAGAUGCCCAGCUCCAAAAAUACGUCUGUAAGCUCGCUGGCAUCGUCCA